AUGGCUUCCGCGCGCGGUCCGCGAUGGCAGCAAUUCCUGCAAGAGUUGGUGAUGGUUGCCGGCACGUCGGCUUCGGCUUAUUUCCUUAUUCGCUACCUCCUCUCCCGCCUUGAUUUCGACCCCGAAAGCCAGAAGAAAGAAGAACAACGACGCAAGUCCGCCGCCAUUCUACGCAAAUUAGACGGAGGCGAAGAGUCCGAGGAAGAUGCGCCGCGCGGCGAAAGGAAGAAAGACCGCCGUCAGAAGCGAGGCGACUUGGUUCUCAAUCAGUAUGAGCAGGCGAUUGCGAUGGACGUGGUGGCUCCCGAUGACAUCCCCGUCUCCUUCGAGGACAUCGGUGGCUUGAGCGAGAUCAUCGAAGAACUCAAGGAAUCCGUGAUCUACCCCCUGACCAUGCCGCAUCUAUACACCUCUACCUCGUCGCUCCUCACAGCCCCCUCGGGUGUUCUGCUGUACGGCCCGCCUGGAUGCGGGAAGACCAUGUUGGCGAAGGCUCUUGCGCACGAGAGCGGGGCAUGCUUCAUCAACCUGCAUAUCUCGACCUUGACCGAAAAGUGGUAUGGCGAUUCAAACAAGCUUGUCAAUGCGGUCUUUUCGCUGGCCCGAAAGCUGCAACCCUCCAUCGUUUUCAUUGACGAGAUCGACGCCGUGCUGGGAACCAGGCGCAGCGGGGAACACGAGGCGAGCGGCAUGGUGAAAGCAGAGUUCAUGACUCACUGGGAUGGUCUGACCUCGGCCAAUUCUUCCGGCGAACCUCAGCGUGUCGUCGUUCUGGGUGCGACCAAUCGGAUUCAGGAUAUCGACGAAGCCAUUCUCCGCCGAAUGCCCAAGAAGUUCCCGGUCGUUCUACCGCCGGCGCCGCAGCGUCUCCGGAUCUUGAGCCUGAUCCUCAAGGACACCAAGGUGGACCGAGAGAACUUCGAUCUCCACUACCUAGUCAAGGCAAUGGCGGGCAUGUCGGGCAGUGACAUUAAGGAGGCUUGUCGUGAUGCGGCCAUGGUUCCGGUUCGGGAGCUCAUUCGACAGAAAAAGGCGGAUGGUCAGCAAAUGACAUCCGUCGACCCCAGCGAGGUUCGGGGUCUUCGAACUGGGGAUUUUUUUACUCGUGCUGGCGGUGUCCGAGUCAUCCCACCACCCAGCCAAAUACCAGCACAAUCCAGCAAAGCUAGCUCCGAGAAGGAGUGGGUUUCCGAGUCAGAAGGCGCCUCCGAAGCGGAUGUGCGGCCGUCUGCAGAGAUGAUUGAACCUCCGGAGUGA